AUGCUGCAAGAUAAUGAACCUGAACCCUUCAAGGACCCCAGCCGGACGCCUCCUCCCAAGUCAUUCCGCAUGUGCGUGGAACAAGCUUACCUCUCGGCGAAGCAGGCGAUUGAGGAUGGACACAAGCUGAUCGAGAUUGAGUUUCCUCCGCUUCCGCAAUCUGCCAUGGACAACGAGGCUAUCGGAGCUGACACGAUCUUGAAGGCUCAAAUCCAGCACUCGACUGACUUUGCGAAAUUGUUCAAGAACAAGAAGACUGCCAUCGUCUUCGCUGAUAUUGUUGAGAGGAAUCGAUUCAUCGACGACGAGACUUCCUCCAACCCGCAAUCAUGGAGGGGAAACAUCCGCUUCACGGCGUUGAAGGGAGGGUUCAAGGGAUCGCUCAUUGAGCGCGUGUGGAUCAACAAAGACUUCGUGUCGGAAGUGCAGGAAGACGACGAUAUGUUCAUCAUCAUCGGAGCUUCUGCUCAAGAGCUGCCUGACGUGCGAGAGCUCUGCAAGGCGGCUGGUGAUCGACCGGUCAUCCUGUUCAACCUCAAGCUGCAGGUGCUGAGGGGAGACUUUGGCCUCCCCUUCUUCCCUUCAAAGAGCUUGCACAACGACUGGCUGUGCGAGGCUCUGCCCGCAUACUUCAUGCUCCCCAAGUCCUACACCAAGACCAUCGCCGGCCCUCCCUUCCUGAUCAACUACUCUGGCGCUCUCUUCCGAACGUAUCCGGGCAAGUGGCAGAUGCUGUUGGAGGUCCCCGACGAGGACGGAGGCGGGAGGUAUCAGCGUGUGCGGAUGCUCGACAAGCGACCUGCCCUCUCCGACGUUCGUGAGGAGCUGGCCAAGGAACUUCAGCUCGACGGCCUGGAUGGGGAGGAGGGGCAGGAGAUCUUUGGGCUGAACUUGAAGCAGCUCAGGAACGGAGUCGUCGUCAAGACUUGGUGGGAGAAGGAUCUGGAUGAUGCCAAGUCCGACAAGUGGCGAUCGUAG